AUGUCCCAACCAACAGUCAGACAGAUCCAUGUGCCUAGAGCUGCUAAGGCAUGUGCUGCUUGCAGACGUCAAAAAACUAGAUGUUUCCCUUCAAAUGAUGGUCCAAGUUGUUUACGUUGUCAAUCAUUAUCAAAACCAUGUAGUUUCAUAACAGAUGGUGGUCCAAAUAAUGGUGGUAAUGGUGGUGGUGGUGGUACUAAUGGAAAUAGUGAAGGUCCAAGGUUAUUACCAGGUGGUCAUGCUAUAGUUGGUGGUAUUAAGAGAACGGUUAGUGAAGCUGGGUUUGAUAUUGAUUUUGGUGCUUUAGAUCAAAAUGUUAAGACUAUUUUAUCAAUAUUACAAUCCAAGAAUGAGGUUCCUAAAAUAAUUGAGAAUAAUGAACAAGUUGAACAAGAAGAAGAAGAAGAGGAACCUAUUGAUGACAAUACAUCUAUUUCAAUACCUUCUUUCCAAACAAGUCCUUUUAAUUUCUUGAUGAAUUCAAUUUCAAAGCAAUCAUUACCAAAUUCAAUUAAAUCAAUAAUGAAUCCUGAAUCAAUCACAUCAAAACCUCAAACUCAAGAAAAUGUCAUCUCCUUAGGGAUAAUCUCACAAACAGAUGCACAGUUAUUAAUUGAUCGUUUUAAAAAUCAUUAUUCUCGUUGGAUAAGUUUACCAAAUAAUAUAUCAUCAAAUGAAUUUAUUGAAAAUUUAACAGAAAAUUCACCAUUAUUUUUAACCACUAUAAUAACAACGGCACUUAGGUAUCAUCAUCCAGGAAAUAAUUCAUCAUCACAACCAUUAAGACAAGCUUUGAAAACUCAAUUACGUAAAGAAUUAAUCAAUUUAAUUAUUCAACAAAAUUUAAAAAAUCUUGAUGAUUUAAAAGCCUUAGUUAUUAUAUCAGUUUAUGGUUAUUCUUUAACUUUAGAUAAUCCUGAUAGUACAGAAAGCUCAAAUAUAAUAGAUCCUUGGAUAAUCUCAGGAAUUGCAAUACAAAAAUUCUUAUCAUAUGAUAUCAAAACCCAAUUAUUAAACUUGGAUAAAUUAUCAACAGAUCAAUUUUCUAUAUCAUUAGACGAGGAAAAUUCUAAAUUAUCAAAUUUUAGAAUAUGGAAUCAUAUUGCACUUGUUCACCUGGUAAAUUGUGUAUUUACAUCAAGAUCAUGUCUCUUAGAUGAAAUUAGAUUAGAUCAAACUAGGAAAUCUUUAGAUUUAUCACAAGCUACAAAUUUUGAUGGUAGAAUUGUAAGUGAAAUUUAA